AUUAAAAAAUUUAGUCGAUGUCGUACAAUUUGAUCUGUUGCACGUGUGGAUAGAGUAGUUCUAUCCAUGUGUUACGGAUAAACGUAUAACGUAAAUUAAAUAACUAAAAAUAUAAUACAAAUAGUACAUACUUAAUAAAAGUAUACUCUUGUUUUUGAAAGAAAAAUAAAAUGUGAAAGUGUUGCAACUCUUCCAAUCCAUUGACCGAGAACUUGAAAACAAAAUUGUGUUUUGUAUACGGUGAUUUAAAAGAUGCAUCUGAAGCUCUUUUGUGCGUUCGUGUGCGUUGGCCUCGCACAUUCGCUACGUGUUGGUGUGGGUAUUGCUGACGUCACGGGCCCACCUGCAGAAAUUGGUUUUAUGGGUUACGCGAACUUUGAGCAGAUCGGGCAUGGACUACAUUUACGUCAGUUCUCGCGAGCGUUUGUGCUAGAAGAUGAAGAGGAGCAUCGCUUCGUGUUUGUCUCCGUGGAUGCAGCUAUGAUGGGACAUGGUGUACGACGAGAGGUGUUGAAACGCCUGCAAAAGCGUUACGGUGACGUGUACACUGAGAAGAAUGUGAUCAUCAGCGGGACUCACACGCACUCCACUCCAGGUGGCUUCCUUCUGGAUUUCCUCUUCGAUUUGUCUAUCCUUGGCUUCGUGAAAGAGACAUAUGCCGCGUAUAUAACUGGUAUACUUAAGAGUAUAAUAAUAGCACACAAUAGAUUGACACCAGCUAGAAUGGAAUACGGUGAAGCAGAACUGCUGGAAGCCAACAUCAAUCGCUCACCUUCAUCAUACCUUCGAAAUCCACCUGAAGAAAGAGCAAAGUACGAAUACGACGUGGACAAAAUUUUGGCUCAGAUCCGCUUCCUCACUCCAAGUAAUGAUAUCCUGGGGGUGAUUAACUGGUUCGCAGUUCACCCCACCAGCAUGAAUAACACCAACAAGCUGAUAUCGUCAGAUAAUGUCGGAUAUGCGUCGAUUCUUAUGGAGAAAGCCCUGAACGGCAAUGAAACUUUGCCAGGCAAGGGUCGUAUAGUAUGUGCGUUCGCGUCUACCAAUUUGGGCGACGUCUCCCCAAACACCCGAGGACCUAAAUGUGAAUUUUCUGGUCUUCCGUGCGAUCAGGAGAAGUUGUUGUGUAAAGGGCAUAAAGAGAGAUGCUUCGCUUCCGGCCCAGGGAGAGAUAUGUUUGAGAGCACCAAGAUUAUCGCCACGAAGCUCUUCGACACGGCUAUGAAAGUUCUCCGUCAACCCGGCGAAGACUUAACUGGAUCGAUAGGAGUGGUUCACCAAUUCGUGGAUAUGCCCAAGCAAGCCGUAUCUCCCUAUGAUCCGAUUACACAGACUUUUAAUGCGAGCGAAAAAGUAUCUGGUUGCAUACCCUCGAUGGGGUAUAGUUUCGCGGCAGGGACCACAGAUGGCCCCGGUGCCUUCGAUUUUAAACAAGGGACAACGUCGUCUAACCCUCUCUGGAACGCCGUACGGGAUUUCCUCGCUGAGCCGACACAAGAAGACAUUGACUGCCACGCGCCUAAGCCUAUAUUGUUGGCCACUGGGAGGAUGAAGUUCCCGUACGAAUGGCAACCUCGCGUUGUCUCGUGUACAGUGGCCCGAGUUGGGGGCUUAGUACUCGCAGCAGUGCCUGGUGAAUUCACUACUAUGUCUGGUCGGCGCCUGCGCAGUGUCGUCCAAAGGGCGUCUAACGCUAAACGGGUGGUUUUGGCUGGAUUAUCGAAUAUCUAUUCGGAUUAUGUUGCUACACCUGAAGAAUAUCAGGCUCAGAGAUACGAAGCUGCGUCGACAAUCUUCGGCCCUCACACCCUCGACAUUUACCUCAACAAGUAUGUUGAACUCACCGAUGCACUGAUCAAGGGUACACCAGUGGAUAACGGCCCGGAGCCUCCAGAUUUCAGCGAACAGUUGAUCACCCUCGUCCCACCGGUGCUGUGGGACGCCGCCCCUUGGGGCCACGAGUUCGGAGAUUGUGUAGAACAGCCCCAGCAUUCCUAUAGCUGGAUGGAUACCGUCACCGCUAAAUUUGUAUCAGGUCACCCCCGUAAUAGCAUUCGUCACGGGCGCUGGUACUCCACAGUUGAGAAGCUGGAGUCGGAACAGGAUGACGCCUGGAGUGUUGUGGCCACCGAUGCUGAUUGGGAGACUAAAUUCACAUGGAUCCGCAACUCAAAGAUCCUGGGGACCAGCCACGCUCAGAUAGAAUGGGAGAUUCCCGAAGGGACCCCACGGGGCACGUACCGUCUCCACCACUAUGGGAGCUAUAAAUACAUUUUGGGAGGCAUUUAUCCGUAUCACGGGUUUUCAAACAGCUUCGAAGUCACAUAAUUUAUAGAACUGGAUUUUUUUAAAUAUAGGAUGAGAAUAUUAUGGCUAUUGUAAUAGACUUUUCCAUACAAAAAUAUCGCGUGAUUGAAUUUUGUGCCUUAGCGGAGUAAUUUUAGCCAAUUACCAAAUAUACCGGGAGAUAUAGGAGACCGACGUCUUUGUUACCUUCUUGCUUUUCUAUAUCUGAUGCCGAUGAUCUGACCAUCUGAUGCUGGAGUUCAAUUAUUACAUAUUUUAUAAAUUACUGGCGGACCUGAUACAUGCGUUCUCCUUCAUGCUAUUUUAAGUGAUUAGGAUAUUAAAAAAAUAAUAAAAGUACUGACUGCAGCGCCAUCUGCCGGGCUGAUUUGUGAAUCUAAAUUAUUCAGGACGCCAUCAAAACAUUGGUCCAGCCCUUUAACAGAAAUCCAGUUACACACGUAGAGUAAAAUGAUAUAUACUUAUAUAAAGAUAAAUAUUUCGAUUGUAGUUCUUUUCAAAACUACUUUUUGAUAGAUUAUGAUAAAAAAAUAUAAAAUAUAUAAAUAAUGUUUACUCAAAAUGGUCCAAGGAGUCGCUUCCACGAUUUUAUAUACAUAUACGGGAUACAAUAAUAAUUUUUUCACAUUAUUUUUAUUAUAUAUAUCUAAGCUUAUUUAAAAAUAUGACUCUAGUCUAAAUGUAAUUUAAAACCAUAAAUAUUUUUAUACCGCAGGGCGGUCAAGUUAAAGGAUAGAGGGACAGAUUAAAACAUAUUAAAUUUCGUGUUUUCUAGAGUUCAGAGUCAAGACAUAGUGCUAAGUACAAGUAGCGGCACGAAACUCUAGCGCUGACCGUUAUUGCGCAGAUGUAAAAAAUAAGGUACCUGAGGGGGGCUAGCGGAAUGAAGAGCGUUGAUUGGCUCUCCAGUCGAAUUCCGUCCCCCGCACCACAGUACACAUGCGCAGCAAUCCCCUCCACGUAUCGGCCAGCGCUAGACUUACGUGCCGCUGCCUAUAGCUAGAUUUUGACGUACGGAAGUCAGAUCUGGAUUUAUCGGGGCAACAGAGUGGAGGCCACUUGGCCCCAAAUUAUUUUUUAAACUCGUCUAAAAAAAUGUUCAUUAUUGAAUAAUAAUUUAGGGAAACCAGUAUAUUAAUUUAGAAUUAAACAUAUUAAAAACAUCAAAAGAUAAGUAAACAACUUAUCUUUUGAUUUGAUGAGUAACAAUUUUCUUCCGAAGUCUAUUGUGCCCCGGUUGCCCUGCCCUAAAUCCGGUUCUAACGAAAGUCAUACUUAGCGCUGUCUAGAUCUAACCCAUAAUGUAUCGAUACCAAAGUAGUUGUAAAAUAAAACGCGAUUACUUAUUGCCUACAUAUAAAUAUACGCGUUUUUUUAUGUAUAAAGUAAAUUUACGUUAUUAGCGCCUCUUAUUCAUACAAACUAAAUUGACCUCUCUUUCUGAACUAUACUCUUGUCUCUUUCUGUCAAAUUGUAAUUACACUGUGAUGAAAAGAGACGAACGAAUUUACAAACUAAUUGAAUUCUCUCUUUGAAGUAUAUAUACUCUUUUCUCUCUGCCAAAUAAAUAAAUAAAUGCUGUUAACAUUGUGAUGAAAGAAGAUAGUACUUGAGAGAAAGCGGUUGAUUUUUUUAUGAAUAAGUGGGAAUUAUAUGAUGUAUAUAAUAUAUUUAUUGUCACCUUAGUAAUGGGCGAUUUAAUAAUAAAGGAUUAUUAUUUGGCUUAGACGUUCAAGGAAAGAAUUUAUUAAAGUGAUGGAGAUUAAAUUGAAGAAAUUGUGCCCACAAUGUGCCAUUUAAUGGCAUUUUUUAAUUAGGAACAUCACUUGCCUAUUGUGUUAUAUAAUAUUAUUAAUACCAGAAAUGUAUAAAAUAAAGAAUAAUAUAUUUUUUAUUACGAA